AUAUAGAAUCAGAUACUGCAAUGACUCAACCACUCCCUUGUUCUCUAUAUUAGCAUCCCUCCACUGCAAAUAGUAGCCAUUUACUUGCCACCUCUCGUCAUACUUUCCUUGGUUCACAUGGAGGGUGAAAAGGAUCAAGCUGGUGGGAGAAAGAACAUAGUUGUCGGACCAUGGGGAGGUAAUGGGGGGACAAACUGGGAUGAUGGCAGCUACAACGGAGUGAGAGAAAUCACACUUGUUUACGGCCGUUGCAUCGAUUCGAUCCGCGUAGGGUAUGACAAGAAUGGUAAACCUGUUUUAGCAGACAAACAUGGAGGUGUUGGAGGUAAUCAAACAGCUGAGAUUAAGCUGCAAUACCCUGAGGAGUUCUUAACAAGUGUGAGUGGCCACUACUGCCCGCUGGUCCACGGUGGUGGUCCGGUGAUCCGGUCACUGACGUUUAAGAGCAACCGGAGAACGUUUGGACCGUUCGGAGCGGAAGAAGGGACACCAUUUUCCUUUUCCAUGGAUGGAGGCAAAAUUGUGGGGUUCAAAGGAAUUAGUGGUUGGUACCUAGAUGCAAUCGGCUUCCAUUUGUCUAGCUCCCAAACCAAAAAGCUCUUUCAAAGAGUUCAGAAUAAGCUUAAGAAACUCACCAAUACCAAGUCUUUGGCCCCAAAAGAUGAUGGGAAGUCUAUAGUUACAACCACAAAAGCUCGUGCUUAGGAUGUUCUCAUGAACCCCUAUGUAUUUAAAUAUCUGCUUUUCUAUUUAAUUAGAUUUUAUUUUAUUUUAUUA